CUUCCCCAAGCAUUUAGGAGAUAUAUCCGCAAAUGACAUACAAUUGAACUAAUGCAACUGUGACAAACCGCCAUAUUGUUACUUGACAGUCGCUAGGCAACGCCAUGUACUUGAUCGGGAAAGAUCGUUCGGGUGAGUCUCGCGAAUUCGAGCGUGAUAUUCUGCGGUCGCCGGACUUGGAGAUGGAGCUGUCUGGGUUUGAAGAGCGGGGUGUCCGGCCGCCCAUUGUGCGAAUACCAAUCAAGACGCAUCUCUCUUCCGUGAUUCUCAGCAACAACCCAUGGGAGGAGCGCGAACUGGAGAAGAAAUUGGAACAGAUACGCCAGGAGCGGCGCCGCCGGGAGAACACCCUGAAUUGGUUUCAGAGACAAUUCUUCGUCAAUCAAGUCUUCGACCAAGAUGACAGGCUGAGAUUUGCUGCAGGCGACGCAGCAGAAGACCUCACCGCGACGAAAGGAAAAGGAAGCCGUGAAGCGCCACCUAGUGGCAAACCCAGACGACAGAAAUCCAGGCGGCGCUCUUUAGCAAAGACACCGAAAUAUCCCAAACCGGAGAGUCUUCAGUGUCGGUCAGUUGAACGUUUGAAUGAUUCCUCCAAAGUCGACGCUACAUACAAAUUGCGGCGGCCUCCGGUCAUCAGCGAAGAAGAAUCUAAUUUGCAUAAAUGGGACUCGGAUCUGGACGACUUGGACUCGAUCGCGACAAUUUCCCCAGCGCCACGGGAGCCAAAAAACGGUGUGAAACUUCCAGUCAUUAAAAUGCAGGCUUUGGGCAUAUUCGCAUCCGCCGGAAAGCGGAGCACCAGAAGUUCGAAAAAAAGUGCCCGGAUGACUGGCAAGUUGCCAGAUGUAGCAAAGCAAGGUUUGAAAUCGGCAACGUGUCAUCCAAGUGAUAUUUUGAAACAAAACAUUGGAGAUCGUUUUCAUACAAAACCAAAUAAUGACGAUAACUUUUCUGUCCAUUCGUAUGACGAUGAAAGUGAUAAUUUGUUUUUGACUGAUCGCCGCAGCGCAUGUGCAGACGACGCUCAAAGAUGUCUUGAAUCUGUGCGGAACACUCCACCGCAGGCGUCGCAUUUCGGUUCUGACCCAAAAAUUGGUCUGCAAUUGAGCGCAAAUCGGAGAAAGUCAUUGCCGAGUUUGAAGCAGGGAGACUUUGAACGACCAAGAGAAAACAUUGACGGCAUUGUAAUGCGACUGACGCAGGCAUUGCCUCCAAAAUUAAUGGCGAACGCGCAUGAGAAUGCGAAUCGUCUAUUAUACGGCAGACGGAAAAUGAUGACUGAAAUUUCACGCCAGGAGAGCAGCAGAAAUACCAUGGACGAUCCACGGUGGAGAAAACUCGUAGAUUCAUUGGUCAAUAACACGUAAUGACAUCGCCGCAUGGCCAUUCGCCAUUUUCCUGAUACAGAUAUUUGGGACUUGUCAUAUUUUAACCAACUGGUGACAUGCAUCAGCCUCGUCCGCCAAUUCCUGACGCAAGGUUGCAUCUAGCUACGUUUUACGUUGCCCGGAGCGAUCGACCACACAAUCACGAGAUCCCACAGGGAGUGGUUUUACCAGGCUUAGACAUGCAUGUUUCGGCGAGGUACAUGUAGGCAACGAUGGACACAACAGACUUUCUGAUUGGCUAAUAUUUGAGCAGAAGUCCCAAUUUUCUGCAUGAUGGAAAGAUUCGAUUCAAAAAUUG